CAUAGCUGUACUACUUUACCCUUAAACGACACGUGUCCAAUAAUGUCCCGGCUAGUCCGCCACGUGUCAAUUAAAAAAAUCCCCAAUUCCCAGACGAACUCCAUGAAACUUCGCCCUAUAAAUAAUCUUCCAAACCCCGACGAGUUCCGACAUCCACACACAAUCAACCUAAUAAUCCAUUUUCUUGUACUUCUUCUUCUUCUUCUUCUUCGUUAUACUCCGUCGUGCUCCGGUGACUAAUACGGGCGAAUGGCUGUCGGAAUCGGCGUUCCGAUCUGCGUCGAAUGUGGAACCCACCGCAAUCCGUGCAGGUGCAAGGUGGUGGGGCCGACCCUGGGGUUCUUGGCGUUCGCGGUGGCGGCGGUUGUAGAGUGGCCAGUGGGAGCUCUGGUUUACUGCUUCCGCCACCACAAGGGCCGCCGUAUCAUGGCGCAUCCGGUCACCGUCGUUUACCCGUCGGUGUCUAAUGCGGUUCCUAUUUGAGAGAAUACGCAGCUAAUGAAAUUCCUGUCUAUGGCCGCUUAAAAAAAUAAAAUAUAUAGAGGAAUUCUGUUAUCUAUUCCAACUUUUAUUUCAACUUUUAUUUAUGUGUA